AUGAACGCUAAAAAAAUAAAAGCAAAAUCCGAUCACGUAUUCAGCCCAGAUCCUGUGUUCGACCUAUUCGGCUCAUCUCCAGUAUUUGCCUCGAACUCCGUAUUCGACUCAGAAACCUGUAUUCAGCCAAAACCUCAUACUAAGCCAAGGCCCCGUAUGCCACGUCGACAAGAUAGUGAUGGGAUAUUAAGUAUUGUUGUUUAUAAUAGUAAGAAAUUAAAAUAUAACCCUUUAACUAAACCUGCUGAAACGUGGUGGAAGGGAUCAUGCCCUGAAAUUUGUAUUAAAACUGAUAGAACAAUUGUUGAAAGAAAUACUCAUUCAGUUAAACAAAUAAGUUACAAGAGCGGUCAAGAUAAUAAACGGUUUAUUGAAACUUUAUUAAAUGAAAAUGGAAUCAUAACUAAUCUUUUUCCUCAACGACGUGGAGAUAAUGGAAUUGAUAUCAUCGCUACAUUUAAUAGAAAAAUCAUUCUAAUUAAAUGUGUUAAUUUUAAUAGUCCUAUUUAUGAUAACGUGUCAAGAGAUUUUCAAGCUUCAAUUUACCGGUUUGGAGAAGGAAUAUUAAGCAUUAUUGUUUAUAAUAGUGAAGAAUCGGAUAACCCUUUAAUUAAGAAUAAAGGAUCACAUCCUAAAGUCAAAAUUCUUAAUGAGAAAACGAUUAUCAAUUAUAUCAGAAAUAGUUUGACAAAGAAAAAUUUAGACCAUUCGAAGAUAGCUUCUCCACAUUUACAAGAGAAAACCCAUAAAUCUUCACAUAAUGAAUACGAUGAAUUACUUAAUGAUAUAUUGAAUCAUGCAGUUUUUAAAAAUGACCAUCAAUCUGAUCAAGGUGGAUCACGCAAUGAUACGCCGUUUAUGGACAAGCAAGAAGUAUUGAGUUCUCCGGAGUUAAGAGGAAUGACAUCAAAUAGUAAUAUAAAAGAUGAAUUUGGCUGGGGAAAUCAUGAUACCAAUGCGUUUGAAAAUGAUUAUUAUGAUUUAGAUGAACAAAUUGAUGAAUAUAAUAAUGUUAAAUCACCAUACGGUGGAAAUUCAUCAAGGGAUAUAACUCCGGAUGAUAAAAUUCCCCAAACCAAUAACGAUUUAUGGAGUUGUCCAAAAUGUACUUAUGAUAAUAUUCAAUUGAUGUCGCGAUGUGAGCUUUGCUUAACUGAUCGACCGGAGACGCAACAAUCACAAAGUUUUACGCCUACUGAACCUUCAAGUCCACAAUGGAAUUGUCCACAGU